AUGCCACCACGCGACAGACAGAACGACGCGAUCUCGCUCUACGUCAGCGGAUUCAAGGAAACCACUCGCCCAAGUGACUUGGCGACUCUCUUUGAGUCCCAUGGACGCAUUGCCGAUGUCUACAUCCCCAAAGAUUACUACUCUGGACUCCCCCGAGGAUUCGCCUACAUCCAGUACCAUGAUGAAGAGGAUGCCCGCCGCGUCUUUGAGUCUGGCGAGCAGUUCGUCCUCGAUGGACGCAAGCUCGCACUCCAGUACGCCCAGGGUCGCCGCAAGAAAACGGUGGACGAGGUAGCGGAGGAGGUGGAGGAGAUCGUCGCCGCUCCCGAUCUGCUGACCGCCACUACCGCCCAAGUUCCCGCCGUCACUCGCGCUCAAGAUCGCCCUCCAGAGAUCGCCGUGAUCGCCGGCAUGACAGCCGCAGCCCCAGACGUCGUCGUUCGCACAGCCGAUCCCGCUCAAGAUCCCCCCGAUCCCGAUCCCGCUCUCGCUCUCGUUCUUCUCGCCGCCGCUCGCCUUCUCCUCGGGGACGUGGCAACCGUCGAUCGCCCUCGCCCAGACGCCGUUCGCCUUCCCCUCGCCGCCGCUCUCCUUCGCCUAGACGUCGCUCUCCCUCUCCUCGUGAUCGCUCUCCCCCAAGGGGCGGAAGCCCUGGAGGCCGCCGACCUUCGUUGA